AUGAAACAGCUAACACCAUCAGAACAGUAUAUUUUAGCCAAUAAGGCCAGAAGCAAGUUGUUAUUUGCGGCACAAUGCAAAGGACGGGAUUAUGAUUUGAGAGUACUUGUAGGCCACGCUAACCUGUUGGAUCGUGUUACAGAGGCUCUCGGCAACAGGAAGAUCUUCGUUUCAGCAGCUCACUCAACCGACGACACACAGGCCUAUGAGGUGGAACAUUGUGAAAAGGAUUCCGGAUUUGAUUCGGAUUCGGAUUCGGAAUUUGGUUCCUCAAGUGAAUCUGACUCUGAGUCUGAUGCUGAAUCAGAGUUUAGGAAUGGCGAAUUUCACAAGCAGCAAGGAGAUAAUGCCGAAUGCGCUGACACUGACUACCUAUAUUACUAUGCAUGCUCAUCGGAAGAGGAGGAAGAAGAAAACAGUACAAACACAGCACCCUACCAUUACAUCUACCAAUCUUACAACGACACCCUGAAACUCUCCCAGUUAAACUUAUCUGAGCCACAGCACGUUCUAGAAGAUGCAAAUAGCAUUACACGGGUCUCAAGCACGGAGAUAGACGAAGAUGAUGAUCGGUUCUCCGAAGAUGAAGGCCUAUUUUCCCUGCGCCCUAUCUACGUAUAA